AUGGACCGCCUGCUGAGUGACUGUGUGAGAGUUCUGAUACUGCUGUGUGUGGCUGCACAGGUGAGGCCUUACCUACUUCAUUGUUACCAGACUUUCCUCUGCAGUGCAAUUUUGUCAUAAAUUUAAGUUAUUAUAAUAGAAAAAUAUGAGGGAUAUGCUCUAACAGUGAAAUAAAUAGGGUUAAUUGCUUCUAUCCUGUAUGGGUGAUUGAUUUUAUGAAUGAUAUUUCAGUCAUUUAUUUUGUUUUUUUCAUUUGUAAAACCAUUUUUUAAUCAAUAACCACAAAAGACAAAGAAAAUCAGAAAUAUUCUCAUUAAAAAGCUGAAAAAUGAGAAUUUUUCUGUAAUUUUUUGACUAAUUUCACCGCAGUGAUAAGAAAAUAAGUUUGAUUGACAAUAAUCUAAACAGUAUUUUGCCAAUCAAGCUUAUUAAUUUGGAUGGACUCAUUAAUCAUUGAAGGGCUGAUCUUCCUCUUUUGUCAUGUUUCUGUUAUCAUCUGUAAAAAUAUGACGGUUACUCUUUGGAGCAUGUGUGAAAAACAAGUCUUGGACUGUCUCUCUGUAAAGUGUCAUAAAGAAAUGAGAGGAAUCUUCUGCUACUCUUCUAGAUCUGGUCUGGGUUUUUGGCUCCACCAGAUUCAUGUAAUUGGAAACAGUGGUUUGGACUGUGAACUGUCGGGUUUUGGCAUGCAGUUUCUCGGGAUACCGAUAAUAUUUUCUUUCCUUCUCAUGUUAAAAUACGUGGAGAACAUGACUUAGAUAAGAAGCCUGACAAGUAUUAAAAUAUCAGCUAUUCAACAAACUCCUCUCAGGGGCCAGAUGUUCUAGUAGUUAUGUCACACUGCUGUGUUUCAGAUUCAAGUCUGUGUCUAUAUUAGAGCCACUACCAGACAGCAGCUAAUAUAACCAUCAGCUAUGAAGAAGAGGAAAGUCGUUCGCCACUGUUUUACUUUUAAGCUAAUGUAAAGGUUGCUUUGAAGAGGCUGGAGUGAGUUCUGCAGAUUAGAAACCUGAGAGGGUGAGCGAGAUUGUUUCAUUCUAAUCUGUAUUAUCACCUCCUCACUCGCCCUUUAAUGCCUGAAACCACAAAUUAUGACCAGAAAAUUCAAAUUCUUUUGGAGCUGAAAUGUUUAUUUCACUUUCUACUGAAAACCAAAAAAAAUCAAAAUGUCCUUAAAAUUUAACAAAUAUAUUUAUUUAUCUUGUUUGAUACAUCAGAUGUUUUUGGAAACAGAUAAACCACAAGAGGACAUUUUAACAUUUAUCAGACUGUAUUCAGGUGUUUUUUAGUCAUUUGUUUAUCAUAUUGAUUUGAUAGAAGUAUCAUAAAAGUAUGUGUCAAAUAUGAUACAAAAGGCGUUAAAGGGAUAGAGUUUAUCCUGCUUAUGUGAGUAGGGUUCCCUGAGGCGAAUACUUUCCCUUUCCCAAAUUUUGACAAAUCAACAAGUAAAACACCCAGAAAACAGUAAAAUUUAGCAACAUUUAUUUCAGUCAAACUAUCUGUCACCAGCCGUCGCUCAUAUGUGCAGAUUGAUAACCACCUGUCUUGCUCUGGUCAAGUGGAUGUACUCGGUUCAGACCAAACUUUAUCUCAGUUUCUGGACAAAAUUCCUCCAAAAUGUUUCGCACAUGGAGACGCCACCUGUCAUGAGUUUGUUUACAUCUGUAGAAGCUCCAGCACAACAUAUAAACAUUAUUUCAUGCCUACAGUGAUGAAAAUAUUGAUGACUCAUUAUAAAAAUAUGGUGCUGAGUAGUGAGGGUGAUCACAUUUUUAAUUUAGUCGACUCAACAUAACAAUUUUAUCGUCUGAGCUGGUAGCGCUUCUAUGGCAACAGUAUAUCCCAGCAAUGUUACCAACCUAGCGACUUUGUCACUAGAUUUAACGACUUUUCAGACCCCUCCCAACGACUUAUUUUCAAAACAAGUGCCUAGCAACAAAUCUAGCGACUUUCCUGGAGUUUAGAGACAGUGGGUUUGAUGGAGAAGUUAAGCAAAUUAGACAAUGACUAGUGACUUUCCUUACUGAGCAGUCGGCAACAGUAUAUCCUAGACCUCUCCCUCUGCUGGAGCCUAAACUGUGUCCCAUUAUGUGUUUGCUUUGUGUCUGUUUUCUUCAAUUUGGUAGAUGACCCAUUCAGAACCUUCAUAUUUCAACCUCCCUUUGGCUUUUUACUUGCAGAAAUAUAUCAGUUUGGUGUUUAUAGGUAAGAAAGUUGGAGCCACUUGUUUCUACUGUAUGUUUAUCGUCCUUUCAGGUGUUAGGCCAGCACUGUGACAGGCCCUGCAGUUGCCCUGGACCUGCUCCCCAGUGCCCCCCAGGAGUCCCCUUGGUGCUGGACGGCUGCCGGUGCUGCCAGGUGUGCGCUCGGCAGCGAGGCGAGCCCUGCACCCAGAAGUUUCCUUGCGACAUCCAGCGAGGACUGCAGUGCGAUUACAGCCUCAGCCUCCCUGGAGAGGCAGGAGAGUGUGUCAGUAAGUGCCUCCCCUUAAAACUGGACUCAUAACACUGUGGGUGUGACAGAAAAACAGCCCGAGUUAAACAGACGAUUAAACUUUGAAGUCAUUUCGGCAGAGCGAGACGUCCUGCCAAAGCUCUGAAAUGAUUCAUUUCAAAGACCGUUGUUGACACAUUUCCUCUAAUAGCCGCCCUUUGAGCGUGAUAGACUGCAGAGACAGCACCCAGGGACUGAAAAAUAGACCCAGUCAGCGGACAGGCUUUGGUUUUCCAUGUGCUGUUUAACACUGGCAGGGACAGCAGCUCCUGUGUCCUCACCUGCUUUUCACUCUGUUCUUUCAUUUCCUGAUUAAAUUUCCCACAUCAAUCCAUCGAGCAGGUGUGGCUGAGGAAGUUAAAGUGGCGUCUGUACUGUGUGUUCCCUCCAGGUCAGCAGGAUCUGGGCUGUGAAGUCAACGGCAUCACCUACCAAGAGGGUCAGGCUUUUCAGCCUUCCUGUGACACCUACUGCUACUGCGUGGGCGGAGGUGUGACCUGUAAGUCGGCGUGUCCUCUGACUGCCCGUCUUCCCACCCCGGACUGUCCGAACCCACAGUUUAUCCGGCUGCCUGGGAAGUGCUGCAGGGAAUGGGUGUGUGAAAACCUGGAGAACACGGUCAUUCAGGACGCAAUCACAGGUAAACUCUAAAGGUGUGUGGACGAGUGAUUUAAAGACCCUGAAACAUCCCCCUGACAGCGGCCCUAGAUCGAGCAGCAGCAGGAAAUCAUGGACUGUAUAGAGGAAGUUGAAGCCAAUGCAUGAAUGCCUUAAAUGUGCAUUAUUCCUAAUGACCAGCAGGGGGCGACUCCACUACUUAUCAAACUGAGUCAAUCAUUUAAAAGAUUUGUUUAUUUCUUGAUUGAUUUACUCGACUUAUUGCCCUUUCCAUCAUCUAUUUUGGUUGAGAUCUUUCUAAAUAAGCUGUCAUAGACACAAAAUGAUGUUCAGAUUGUAAAUUCUGCCAAUAAUUUGCCGUAACUUGACAGUGAGUCCCUGCUCUGAUUGUUCCCUGUCCUUCCAUGUGCAUAUGUAGGAUGCUAAAGCCAAGGCAGGCAAAGCAGCAGCAAAGACCCCAGGGUUACAGAAUAGAGCAGGCAUCAGUGAAGUUACACAUAACACUAGUGAAACUUAGACGCAGCUUUUAUGGGAGGAGCUAGAGAAGAGGCAAGUUUGUUGGAUGUGUAGACGAGGAGUCAGCUGAUCUGAGCUGGCGUUAGGAUUAUCUGACGAACUAUGAGCUGAGCUUGAUUUUGUCGCCCGCCUGAACUGACUCUGUGCUCAAUCCAUGGCCUGAUUUAAAGCUCCUGUGAGUAACUUUUAGUUUUUACAAUUUUGGCGCCCUCUCAUACAAAGCUGUCUUUGCAUUUAUUGUCCUUUACAAGCCUUUACAAAAAAUCUCAUCCUGCUGACUUUUGAUUUUUCCUCAUAAAUCUGUAAAAACAGGGUCGUCUAUUUGGAUGUUUAGCUGACGCCUACCCUCUGCAAGAAGACUGAUGGUCUUAUUUGCUUUUAUAUGUCACAAAGAGACAUCUAUGAGAAUUUGAGUCUAUUCUAUAAAUGUCAAAAAAAUCCUCACAGGAGCUUUAAAGAAGUGAGUUGGACAGGAUGAUUGAUUUCUCUCUUGUGUCUGUAGAUUUGGUACAACUUUUAAGUUUUAUUGGUUCAGCCUAACUCACUCAACAACUUCCAUCAUCGUUCUUCUUCUUUAUCUUCAUCAUUUUUUUCUCAAGGCUUGUGACUUUUACACGUGCAGAGCUCUCUCAUUGGUCCACAUCUGUGAAAACACAUAAAAGAUAGAAGGAAAUAUAAAAGAUGCUGCAGACGAGGUGUUUCAGAUUAUCGUCUUUCACUACGACACAGAGUAUGAAACGAAAAAACAUCCAGCUGCAGUUGUGUAACUCUUUAUGUUCCCUUUUUUUUGUAAUCUUUGGACCUAGCUUUGUUGUUUCCCUCUGUUUCCAGUCUAUACUCUGAGUUUAAAUACUUCUCCUGGCUUUUCUUCACAUUAAACUGACGCAUAAGUUGAGAGUGGAAUCAAUUAUCUCAUCAAACUCUGCAGGGAGCAAAAAGUGACUCACGUAUGACUACUCCUGCUAAAUCUGAUCCUGACGUCAGGGUUCGAUAUUUACAUCAUUUUUCCAGCGUCUGUGGGCUGAUGCCAUAUUCAGUAUCAGCGGACAGAAAUCCUCAUUGAUGAUCCUUCCAUAUGGCAGAGAAACCCGUCCCUCAUUUGUAUGAGCUUUGUCACAGGCGGUCAUGUCUGGAAGUUUUUACUGGAGCUUUUUCCCUCUAAACCGGGGUGUGUCCAGCCAAAGGAAAACUCACAAAGUCCAAAUAUACCCCACGCUUUUCUGGAAAAGUCAAAACAUAUUUUUUCCUUGUUACUACCAGUCUCCUAGUUUCAAAACAACAACCGCAGCUGCGUUACAAUUAAGCACAUGAAGCCGUGCAGAGAUCCGCUCCUCGGUCUGUGUGAGAGCGUGAAAGAGCGUGAGGGAAGUGAAGCCGCUCUGAAAACAUCUGGAAGUCCAAACACCGUCGUAGUAAAACAAUGUGAUGAGAGCAGAAACAGAACAUUUUGUACUUGGACACUAAAACCUGCGAUGUCGCCCCCGAGCAUCAGCUGAUUAUUGUGACUGUUUCAUGCUUUUCUUCAGGGAGGCACAGAGGAUGCUUGGGAUUUUAUACUCACUGAAACAGAGGAUUAGACUUUGUUAGGAGGUUUUUGUGAAAACAAAACAACCAGAGAGGAGACAGAAAGUGAAGCUGGUGAGUCACCGAGUUGAAGGAAUUCAGUUAAUGUUUAGUUUCCUGCAGAAUUUGUCAAACUGAGACACUUCUGCCCAGCAGAGAGCAGAGGAGUUUAGAGGUUUGGUGAGACACAUGCAGAACUCAUCAUGUUUGAGAUGAUCCUCUGCAUCAGAUUUAUCCAGCGUUAGACAUCAUGAUUAAACUGUGUAAAGGAAUUAAUAAUGGUGUAUCAGUCUAUGUUUAAUGGUGCCAGUUUGUCGAAUUAUGAACAUGCAGUUUUGUAAACAAGACUCAAGGGGUGCUAACAUGUCCACCCCAACCUGCAACCCUUUGCCAAAUGUCACUCCCCACUCUCUUCCAAAUUGUCCUCCUCUAUCCAGCAUCCUUUCUUUUAAAAUAAUGCUUCAGUGUGACAGUUUCCUCUCUGACCGGUGCAAAGACUCUGGUUCAUGCUUAUUUAUCUUGAAAAUUGGACUUCUGCAGAGACCUUCUUUCUUUAGCUGCUGCAAAACUCAGCUGCAAGACCAGAAAGAGGGUCCACGUUACACCUGUUUUAAAGCCUCUGUAUUGGCUUCUUUCUGUUUUAAAAACUCUGGAUGGUCUUGCGCCAACCUUUUUAUCAGGUUUGUUUUAAUCCUAUAAAAUCUGGUUCUGAUUUGGGUUGGUUAAGAAGUUUUCUUUGCCCAUGUGGAAGAUUUUAGCUUUUUUGUCUGUUUAGCAUGUUUAAAAAAACUUCUCCUAACAACGCUGAAUAUAAAAAAAGGAAAAAAGUCAAGACACUUGAGUUUAGCUGACUUUGGCGCCCCCUGUGGACAAAAAAAGACAUGUCAUCAUCAAAUCAGAAUCAGUUUCAGCCUUCAUUAUCAAAUAGAAACUCCCCACAAAGGUUUGUUUUUAAAGUCAUCAUCACAGCCGUGCAGCUGAUUGCAGAACAAACUCCAUGAUACUGAAUCAGAUUGUCUAAAACCUCUGCUCUCUUUGGUUCCUGCAGCCACCAGACCCCGCAGCUUCUGGCCCGCUCUCACCAGGAAUCAAAUUCUACCCAAACAAGCCCCCACCGCCGCCCCCUGUGUGGAGAGGAGCACCCAGUGGAGUGCCUGCUCUCAGAGCUGUGGGGCUGGAGUCUCCACACGCGUCUCCAACCAGAACCCAGCCUGCAAGCUGCAAAUGGAAACUCGGCUUUGUAAAGUGCGGCCGUGCAACAUGGUCCAGCCUGUCCAGAGGAACCCUGUGGUAAGUCAGUUUAGUUCUGCUCCCCAAAUGCUGUCAGAGCUCCAUGGUUUCUGUAGGGAUGGAAGAGACCAAAAAGUAGUUUGGACAUAGGUCAACUUUGACAUAACCCAUAGGCAUCUGAGUGGUUUUCUGCACUGCUAGACACAACAAGGGGAAAGUGAAAACUUGUUUAUCGUCAUCGGUGCAAACUCGACAAAGCUAAUCACCUCUAAAAUCCCUCAGACACAAUUACAGCCGACCAAAUCUAGAAUUAAAGUCGUCCUUAUGGGUUUCAGACCAAAAUUAGCGCUGUGGGUAAGUGUUUUCAUCUGUGUUUUCUUAACAUAGAGAGCACUUCUCAGCACACAAGGGUGUGAGUGUAAACCUCAUACACACCUCAUACACAAUAAAACAUGAUGAUAACUGUUUGGAAAAAACAACUGUGCACAAUCACUGUUUCAAAAUACAAGAAUAUCGUCAUUGUAAGUGUUUUAUGAUGACAGAAUUUGUCUGUUUUUUGUGACCGCAGUGACAGACAUUCUGCACUUUACUGAGAAACACUGAAUGUAAACAGAGGAGGGCUUUGUUUACAGGACAAACAUUAAUGCACCAUUAACGUUCAGAGAGAAAAACAUCAUAAAAAGUGUCAAACUGAGUAAAUUCUAGUGUAUAAUAAGGCUGAGGUUGUAAUUAAAGGACUUGUGGUUCGUAUUUUGGCUUCCCAGAGUCACUAAUUGUGGAAAUUAUUGCGCAAAGCCAGUUUUUUAGCACUCUCUGUUAGACUUUGUGUACUGCAACACUGACCUCUGCAGUUCAAAUACAUUCAUUACAUCUUGAAUAUAAAAAUGAGUCAAAAUGAGCACAGUGACAACAUUAAAAAUGCUCUUGUGUGGAUUUUAAAGCAAAUAUUUCAGCCAUAUAAACUAAUCAUUGCUUCCUGUCAUUAUCUUUUCUGACUUUUUCUUUAUUUGUAUGUUGUGUUUUUUCUCAGUGGGGUCAACAGGGGCAGUGUAAGGCCAGCUUUACUUCACCAGGGCCCAUCCGGCUCAUCCACCAGGGCUGCUACAGCACUCAGGCCUACAAGCUCAGAUACUGCGGGCAGUGCACGGACUCCCGCUGCUGCACGCCACAUCAAACCAGCACAGCUGAGGUGACCUUCAGGUGUCCCAGCGGCAGACUCAUACAGAGACCCGUGAUGAUGAUCCACUCAUGCGCAUGUCACAAUAACUGUCCCUAUGCACCUUUUAUGAACCCUGCUCUGUGGGGGUUCAGGCCCUGA